UAGAAGUCGGGGAAAACAAAAAAUUUUCACCACGUUUACAUUUUAUAGACUGUUAAUUUUUACAGUGAAAUACAUCAAUAAAUAUUGAGCUAAACGUGGCAGUUUUUUGGUGCAGUAAAUUUUGUACUUCAUGCCAGUAUUUAUUUAGAUAAAAAGAACAAAUUGUAUUUUGAGACGAGAACAAACUUUAGCUUUCUACUGAGUUACUCAGUGAGUAAACACUGCAGUAGCUAAUGAUUCAUUGGGCUUGAUAACGAUUUCCGUUUAACUUCCCAGGUCUUUAAUUAAUCGACGCGGCCUAUUGAUUGUUCUGUUUCAUCAGAAUUAGGAAAAUAUAAUCAGAUAUGCAAUUUUUCGAACAAGCCUAAGCCUAACGAAGAAAACAAUGGCAGCUGUUCGUUUUACAGUAACGAAACCUGACGAAGAAGAGGCGCCGUUUGGCGAUGGACGAUCUUCGUAUGGGGCAGCAGGAGCCGGGAGUGUUAUUUUCGGAGACAAUGCCGCCCUCCACAAGGACCACAUCCCGUUUGCCGAGAAUGAAGAUCCAGAGUCACCGUUCUCCAACCACAUGGCCUUGUACGAGGAUGACCUCCAGCAUUCAGGUAAAAUCUCCCAAGUUCUCAGCAGGAUUGCCAACUACCAGGCUGGAAUCACACCCAAUCCCGAUGAGGUGGAGAAGGGCAAAAAUCAUCAGUCCAAAAAAGCCAACCUGGGUACAGUUCUCGGUGUCUAUCUUCCGUGUAUUCAGAAUAUUUUCGGCAUUCUCCUCUUCGUUCGGAUGACGUGGAUUGUCGGGAUGGCCGGAGCGCUGGAAUCUUUCUUCAUGGUCUUCAUCAGCUGCUUAACAACGAUGCUGACAUCCAUCUCAAUGAGCGCCAUAGCAACGAAUGGUGUGGUUCCUGCGGGCGGCUCGUACUUCAUGAUUUCUCGGGCAUUGGGUCCUGAGUUUGGUGGCGCGGUUGGUGUUCUCUUCUAUCUGGGAACAUCAGUGGCAUCGGCCAUGUACAUCAUUGGAGCUGUGGAGAUUUUAGUGAAAUUUAUAGUGCCACAGAUAGCCAUAUUUGAUGAUGUGUUUCACAACUAUCGGCUGUACGGGACCUGUGUUCUACUCGUGUUGGGGUUGAUCGUGUUUGUCGGAGUGAAAUUUGUCAGCAAGUUUGCCGCUCUGUCUCUAGCCUGUGUGAUCAUUUCUAUCGUCUGUAUUUAUAUUGGAAUAUUUGCUGCAGGUUCCAUCAACAACGUUGAAAUCUGUAUGUUUGGAGAUCGGUUGUUGGAUUCUGACUCUGUGAUGCUGAAUGGGUCAUUCUACUGUGUGAAGAACGAGUCAAGUCCGAUCUACCAACACUACUGUGUGGACAACAACUUCACGGGGGAUGCAUGCGACUACUACAAGGAAAAGGAGAACAUGGCUCACAUAGUAAAGGGAAUUCCAGGAAUGACCAGCGGAGUUUUCAUGGAUAACGCUGUGAGCCACUACACGGAGGAAGGUAACAUAGUGGGGACCGAGGAACCCGGCUCCAGGUCCCGGGGAGAGGUUAUCGCUGAUAUCACAACCUCGUUUAUGGUCCUUCUUGCCAUUUACUUUCCAUCGGUCACAGGCAUCAUGGCUGGAUCAAACAGGUCAGGUGACUUGGCCGAUGCUCAGAAGUCGAUUCCCACCGGAACUAUCCUGGCCAUAGCCACAACCUCCUUUGUGUAUGUGACGUCGGUGUUUUUCUUUGCUGCUUGUAUUGAGGGCCCAUUGCUAAGAGACAAGUAUGGUAUCAGUAUAGGUGGCAACAUGUUAAUAGGCAUGCUGGCUUGGCCGAAUGAGUGGGUCAUCAUGAUUGGUUCAUUCCUGUCCACGCUGGGAGCUGGACUCCAGUCCCUCACAGGUGCACCCCGGUUACUGCAGGCAAUUGCUAAAGACAAUGUGAUUCCAUUUCUCAGUUUGUUUGGGAAGACGACGAAGCGCGGUGAACCGUUCCGCGCUCUUCUGCUCACAGCCGCAAUAUCUGAGCUGGGAAUUCUGUUAGCCAACCUCGAUUACAUAGCCCCUAUUAUAACAAUGUUUUUCCUAAUGUGUUAUGGGUUUGUGAACAUGGCGUGUGCCCUACAGACUUUGCUACAAACCCCGAACUGGCGUCCACGGUUCCAGUUUUACCACUGGACGUUGUCUCUGCUGGGUCUCUCUCUGUGCAUUACCCUCAUGUUCAUAUCUAGUUGGUACUACGCACUGGCCGCCAUAGCUCUUGCCUUCUGUAUAUACAAAUACAUCGAAUAUAAAGGUGCUGAGAAGGAGUGGGGUGAUGGGAUCAGAGGUCUGGCCAUGUCUGCUGCCCGCUACUCUCUACUAAGACUUCAGGAGGGACCGCCACACACAAAGAACUGGAGACCACAGCUUUUAGUGUUGAUGAAGUUAGAUGGAAACCUGCAGCCAAAAUAUCCUAAACUGAUCCGAUUUGCCAGUCAGCUGAAAGCAGGAAAAGGUCUGACUUUGGUUAUGAGUGUGAUAGAAGGAAACUUCCGGGAAAAGUUUGCCGAUUCUCAAGCAGCUAAAUUGUCGCUGAGUAAUUUGAUAAAGGAGUAUGGUGUGAAGGGCUUCUCGGAUGUUUGUGUGUCGGACUCGGUAACAGAAGGAAUUUGUCACUUGAUUCAGAAUGCAGGAUUGGGUGGUUUAAAGCACAAUACGGUUGUAAUAGGUUGGCCAUACGGUUGGAGGCAUGAAGCUGAUCUACGGAGUUAUAAAGUGUUCAUUGACAGUGUUCGUAACACGGAGGCGGGACAGCUGGCUCUGUUGGUUGUCAAGGGCAUCGACCAGUUUCCCGAACACAACGAGAAACUGAGAGGAACCAUUGAUGUCUGGUGGAUUGUACAUGACGGAGGUUUGCUGAUGUUACUUCCGUUCCUGUUACGACAAGACAAAUCGUGGAAACACUGCAAGCUCAGGAUAUUUACUGUGGCCCAAUUGGAGGAUAACUCUAUUGAGAUGAAGAAAGAUCUAAAAACGUAUUUGUACCAAUUGAGAAUAGAUGCCGAUGUUGAAGUCGUCGAAAUGAGUACAAGUGACAUUUCUGCAUAUACGUACGAGAGAACACUGAUGAUGGAACAGAGAACGCAGAUGCUGAGAGACAUUCGCUGCAAGAGGAUCGAACCGCAGCAGAUAAUUGACCGGGCCCACCAGACAUCGCCGACACGCAGCGUGAAGCUGGACACAGUCCAUGAAGAGGUGGACGCUGUCCUGGAGGCUGUCCAUGAGGAAGGGUUCGUCCCGAGCGAGAGCUUGACCGAUGUCAGCGUCGACAAAUCUCAGUUCACUUUCUCACCGCAGGACGGCAAGAGAGUCACCAAGCAGCUCCUCGACUUGAAGCCUGAUACAAAGAAUGUGCGAAGAAUGCACACCGCUGUUCGGCUGAACGAACACAUCGUGGAGAAAUCCCAUGAUGCUCAGCUUGUUAUUCUCAACCUGCCGGCUCCACCAAAACACACAGCAGGCGAUGAAAACUACAUGGAAUAUCUCGAGGUCCUCACAGAAGGCCUGGAGCGAGUUCUGAUGGUGAGAGGAAGUGGAAGAGAAGUCAUCACAAUCUACUCCUGAUCACACAACGCUCGUAUUAUACAGUGCAGUAGUUGGUUAGAAAACAUCAUUGCCAAAAUAAAACAUUCAGCCAAGGUGCUUGGGUCAUGAAAUGGAGGAGUUAGUAGGAAGACAUCAUUACAAACAUAAAACAUUUAAGGCAAGAUACUUGCUUUAUAAACUGGAGCUGUCUUUGGGAAAACAUCAUUGCAAACAUAAAACAUUCAGCCGAGAUGCUUGCUUUAUAAAGUGAGUCUUUAUUAGAAAACCAUCAUUGCAAACAUAAACUUUCAGCCAAGAUAUUUACUUUUCAAAUUGGAGUGGUUUUUAAGAAACCAUUGUUGCCUGUAUAAAACAAUUAGCAUUUGAAGACACGGGGAUGUUCAAUAUACUAAAGGAAAGACUAAUAGUACAUCAUGGCACUAACUGUCAUAUUCAACAAAGGCAACACUACUAAUGUAAUAUCAUCAUAUUUAAAUAAUAACAUAACAUAUAUAUUAAACAGUGAUCCGUAACUUAACAAAACUGUUUGUUUAGAUGUCGCCAAAUUGUUUUAUUUGUGUCAUUUAAAAAUAUAAAUGUAGCCGCUAGUUUGAUGCAGAAUAUUGCUUUGUGAAGUUACGCAGUUGAUAGCUGUAAAGACUUAUGUUAAAACCAGUGACCUGUUAAUACACCCAGUAAAGUGUGAUGCUGAAUGUUGGUGUGUGAGGUUACCCGGUUGAUAGUUGUACUAACUUACGUUAAAACCAGUGACCUGUUAAUACACCCAGUAAAGUGUAAUGCUGAAUGUCGGCGUGUAAGGUUAUCCGGUUGAUAGUUGUACAGAAUGAUGGCAGAAACAAUGAUCUGUUAAUAAGGGCUGUUCUAGAUGAGUUCACAGUGGGGGGAGGGGUCAAAUCUGGUGUAACAAAUGUUACAAACAUCGUUGAGCGUCUCAUUGAAAUGUGUCUGUGUGCAUGUGCAUGUAUGUUUGUAUACAUGCUUGCUUGUGUGUGUGGGUGUGUGGGUGCACUCUUGCAGAUGUCUAGGGCCGAAUUUACAUAGCACGUUUUUCUUUAAUGCAGGUAUUUAAGCAUUGUAAAUGUAUGUAGUUACACAUGUGUAAGACAUAAACAGGCUUUUAAGUUCGCUCCUUGGACUUCACAAGAUGUUUGCACAAGAGUUGUUUUUAGUAAGGGAUCUAACGUGUUCUAUUUUAUGUCUUCUGUAAUGUAGAAUACUUUCUGUAUGAAAAAAACUAAACAAAUUGUCUAUAUAAUUAUUAGUAAGUGCAAAUCAAAAACAUAAAAGAAAAGAUAUGAUUGGCUGUGUUAUUGCACAAAUGGUAACA